CACUCACUCACACACACACACACACACACACACUGUGCGUGAGUUAAAACAAAAAAUGCAUUUACUGAGUGAGAUAAAUGCGACCCGUUUCAAAACACUAAUCUAAUUGGCAUCAAUGUGCACUAAUGAUGCACUACUCAAACUGGCUUAUUAGCGUCAAAAAUAGGGCUUCCCUUCGAAAUGCGUGUAAAACACCAUCUGAAGCCUGUGACAACAGAGGAGAGGUUAUUUUGGACAACAAUGAGAAGAAAUCCGAGCUAACAGUCACCACCCACCUCUGGAACAAAGGCUACAAAAUAAUCAAGAAAAUUGGAGAGGGAACAUUCUCAGAGGUCGUUAAAACUCAGAGCCUGAAAGAUGGGAAGUUCUACGCCUGUAAAACCAUGAAGCAGACAAUUAACAGUCUGGAGCAAGCUAACAACCUACGGGAAGUCCAGGCGAUGAAGAGGCUCAGCCCACAUGCAAAUAUCAUACAGCUACACGAACUGAUUUUUGACAAAGAAACUGGAACAGUCUCUUUGAUUUGUGAGCUGAUGGAGAUGAACAUCUAUGAGUUCAUACAAGGAAGACAAACUCCACUGCCCGAACACACUGUAAAACACUACAUGUACCAGCUGUGCAAGUCACUGCAACAUAUGCACAGCUGUGGGAUCUUUCAUAGAGAUGUGAAACCUGAGAACAUCCUCAUCAAACAAAACGUUCUGAAACUGGCAGACUUCGGUUCAUGUCGGAGUGUGUACUCCAAGCCUCCUCACACAGAGUACAUCUCCACACGGUGGUACAGAGCCCCAGAGUGCCUUCUCACUGACGGCUACUACAGCUUAAAGAUGGACAUCUGGAGCGCCGGUUGUGUCUUCUAUGAGAUAAUGAGUCUGAAUCCUCUCUUUCCUGGAACCAAUGAGUUGGAUCAGGUUGCCAAGAUCCAUGAUGUGUUGGGGACACCAGAUCAAAGUCUCCUUCAAAAGUUCAAACAGUCUCGAGCGAUGCAUUUCAACUUUGUUCCGAAGAAAGGCACUGGUAUCUCACGGCUCAUCCCAAACUGCCCAGCUCCGGCUCUGUCACUGCUCUAUCAGAUGCUCGCCUAUGAUCCAGAUGAACGCAUCACCGCAGAAACAGCGCUGCAGCACAUGUACUUUAGAGAAAUCAGGUUGGCAGAAAAGAGAGCUGAGACACUUAGAGCUGUUGGGACUGUGGAUGGAGGAGACAGUAGCUCCGUGCACAAUGCCUUAGACCUCCUUUGGCGGCCAGCCAGAGUGGGCAAACAAGUGCGAGGACGACACAUGAGACAAACGCCUUUAAUGAGUCACAUCAAGCACACGCGAGAACCCAUUAUCAGGAGGAAUGUACCUCAUUACCCGGCAGAGUUACCCAAGCUGAACAUGGUUGUACCAGGGCCACAGAUCUCCUUCCCAAGCUCCACCAUGCCCGCACUUCCCUUCACCCACCGAAGCACACUGCCGGCCAUCAUGUCAAAAAAGUGCCAGACUCAGUUAGCUAAACCCCGGGAUGAGUCGCACAGGUCAACUUUCAAGAAGUACUUCAUGCCCCCUCUGGACAGGAAACACAGAGGCUACUGAGAGCCAAAAGACAUUUUGGACAUUGGCUUAAAAAAUGGUUUUGACAAAAGGACAGACCUGUGCUGACACUGAGCAAGUGUUUGAGUGCAUCAUCAUUAAUAUUAUGAUAGCUACAGCAAACUUUGACCCUCGCUAUAACUGGAAGAGCAUGCAGGCUGUGGCUUUAAAGCAUUGUAGUCACUAUAGCACCAUCUUCUGGUGACAGAACCAGGAGAGGGGAACCAAGGUAGUGCAUAUGGAGCCAUUUAAACUACCCACAUACCAGGCAUUAACUAAAAUCAUUGAUUUCAACACAAAUGAUACAAAGUUCUGUGUUGAACCUCAGUUAGGACCGACCUGUCAGGUGUUUCUUUGCUGUCAUUUAGAAAUUGUACAUCAGCCUGUAGCACAAGCAAUAACAAACGAGCAAACCAUUGCUAUACAAGACAAGAACAGCUCUUCUUAAUGACUCAUGAAUAAUAUAUAUUUCUUUCAUCAAA